AUGAGCGCCCCCAGCCGCGCCGCUCCUCCUCCUCCGCCGGAGGAGUCUCAGCAGGACGGUGCUUCCGCCAACGAGCGUCUCCUUGCUGCCGCGAAGACCGACAAUGAGGAGCUCCUUCAGUCGGCCCUCUCGCAGCUGUCUGAUGUAAACUAUGCUGAUGGCAUCAUGAACGGAUCUACGGAUAUCCUUGAGCACCUCCUCGACCACGACAGCUGCGAUCCCGAUGUCCGGAAUCGCCUGGGCGGUGACACGCCGCUGCACAUUGCUGUUCGCCAGAAGUGGGAGGACCAGCCGGGGAUGAGGCUGUAUCUGGGUGAGUUGGCGGCGCGACUGGCGGUCCGUGCCUACGCUUGCCCUAUGGUCAAUCGUGCUGACCCUCCAGUCGGAUCACUUCUUGAGGCUGGCGCCGACCAACAUGUUAAGAACCGCCAUAACGAGCGGCCAGGCGACCUCCUUCCUCCUUGGCGUGACACUGCAGACCCGGAGUCGGACGACGAGAAGGUUCGCGCCAUGCUGCGUAGAGUUGAGGCCGAGAACAUGGUUGCUAGCAGUGGAGAUGUCGUUGAGGAGGACGACGAUGUCAUUGACCCCAACGACGUUGCUUCGGACAGUGAUUAG